CUGUGGCCAGAGAUUCCCUUUCCCUCCAACAUCCACUCAGUGGGAACUGUUCAAGGGGAGAACUUCACUCUCCAGGCAACAUCUGCUGUAAAACAUUCAUUUCAAUAACGACAGCUCUUCACCACCUCCCUCUGAUCUGUUCUCUUCCACAGCAGACCCCUACCCUGGCACAGAGAAGAUCUCAGAGCUCUUUCACUCUUCAGAGCUGCACAGCUUUUGUUUGCUCCCCUUUCCUUUCCUGUGCAACAAGGAAAUAGGGUCACAUUUCAGAGAAACCCAGCGAGCGGUGGUUUGCGAAUGCCAGAGCUCUCGUUGGAUGCUGCGGCCUCUUCUUUCCCCAAAUCGACACAACCCUCACUCAACAGAGAUUAUUUUCCCUCUUUUUUUUCCCUUUCCUGCUGCCCAGCUGCUGUAGGGAUCCCCCAAAGCCGCCAGGAUCCUUGGCAGAGCAGGCUGAGCCCCAGCAUCGAGUCAAGGCGGGGAGAUGCCGGACGCCGCUGCCCACCUGCCCUUCUACUACGGCAGCAUCGCGCGCUCGGAGGCCGAGGAGCACCUGAAGCUGGCGGGGAUGGCGGACGGGCUGUUCCUGCUGCGGCAGUGCCUGCGCAGCCUGGGCGGCUACGUGCUGUCCAUGGUGUGCGACCUGCAGUUCUACCACUACCCCAUCGAGCGCCAGCUCAACGGCACCUACGCCAUCCUGGGGGGCAAGGCGCACUGCGGCCCCGAGGAGCUCUGCGAGUUCUACUCCAAGGAUGCCGACGGGCUCUGCUGCCCGCUGCGCAAGCCCUGCAACCGCCCCAGCGGGGUGGAGCCCCAGCCUGGCGUCUUUGACAGCAUGAGGGACAACAUGGUGCGGGAGUACGUGCGGCAGACCUGGAAACUGGAGCCAGGACUGGAACAGCAGUGCUGGCUCCAGUCUCAGCCCACCUCAGGGCCUUUCAGAGGCAGCUCCAGCUGGGGCUGUGUUGGGGGUGCAUUUUCCCUAUCCCUUUCCUUUGCAUUUGCAACUGAAGCAAUUUCUCCUUUAUCCACUUUCUCCUCACUUCUCUUCCAGAGAAACCUGGGCCCUCUCAAUGCUGACGGAUACACCCCAGACCCUGUAGGGGCAGGAAAAUCCCGCCCGCUGCCCAUGGACACCAGCGUCUACGAGAGCCCCUACAGCGACCCCGAGGAGCUGAAGGACAAGAAGCUGUUCCUGAAGAGAGACCACCUGAUGAUUGAUGAGGUGGAGCUGGGGGCAGGAAACUUUGGCUGCGUCAAGAAGGGAGUUUACAAAAUGAGGAAGAAGCAGAUCGACGUGGCCAUCAAGGUGCUGAAGAGCAACAACGAGAAGACGGUGAAGGAUGAGAUGAUGAAGGAAGCGCAGAUCAUGCACCAGCUGGACAACCCCUACAUCGUGCGCAUGAUCGGGGUGUGCGAGGCCGAGUCGCUGAUGCUCGUGAUGGAGAUGGCAUCUGGAGGGCCCCUCAACAGGUUCUUGGCUUCCAAGAAGGACGAGAUCACAAUGAGCAACAUCGUGGAGCUGAUGCACCAGGUGUCCAUGGGGAUGAAGUACCUGGAGGAAAAGAACUUUGUCCACAGGGACCUGGCAGCCAGGAAUGUCCUGCUGGUCAACCAGCACUACGCCAAGAUCAGUGACUUUGGGCUCUCCAAGGCUCUGGGAGCCGAUGACAGCUACUACAAGGCCAGGACAGCAGGGAAGUGGCCCUUGAAGUGGUACGCCCCAGAGUGCAUCCUCUUCCACAAGUUCUCCAGCAAAAGCGACGUCUGGAGCUACGGUGUGACCAUGUGGGAGGCCUUCAGCUUCGGGCAGAAACCCUACAAGAAAAUGAAGGGCCCCGAGGUGAUCAGCUUCAUAGAGCAGGGCAAGCGCAUGGACUGUCCCCAGGAGUGCCCUGCAGAGAUGUACACCCUGAUGCAGCAGUGCUGGACAUACAGAUGGGAAGAACGUCCAGGAUUUGUGGCUGUGGAAAACAUGAUCCGCUCCUACUACUACAGCAUUGCUGCCAAGCCCGAAAAUGGGCCAGGCACAGGGGACAAGGCCAAAGCAGCUCUUCCUUGAGAUUCCUUCUCCGUGCCUCCACCUGCCCUGCAUGGAGCUGGAAAGGCUCCUUGUGAAGUUUUGCUUUAAUCUCUCAAAUGCUCCUCAGCAGCUGCGGAACUGAGGACACGGGGGACGUUGGUGUCCCCACAGACAGGGACACCCAGCUGUGCCUCCCAGCUCCGCCAGCCUGACCCAGCCCAGGAGUACAGACAGUGCCAGAGCUCCUUCCCACCCAAUUCCAAAGCUGUCCCAGAGCUUUGUGCCUCCCAGGCUCACCGAGGAUGAACUGUGUUGGCUCCAGAAAAUCUGGAUUUUCCCAAGUCCCUUAACAAACAAUGCUUUCCCAGGAAACAACCAAGUGCACGUUUCUGGUGGGGUUUGCACAGGGUGGGGCACAGCACAAGGAGCCACCGAGUCCUUUUCCCCUUGGAUCAGGGCAGGGAGCAGCUGGUUUGCAGCUGGGAUGGGAAGGAACAGUGGGACAGAGCUGGUUUGUCCCCCUGCACCCUGGCCAGCACAGAGCAGGUGUCACCCAGCCCUCCAAGGUGGCUCCUAAACAAUCCCAGGACCAAUCCCUCAGCUCCUGGAUCCCACCUGGCCCCUGUGUGCUGAUGAAAUGUUGUUUUUCAAGCUUAAAAACCGGUCACCCUAUAAAUAAACUAUUCCAUGUUCUGAACA